CGCCGACCUCCUUUCGAAUCUUUAAAGCAAAAUGCGUGGAAAAUUAAAUGGACUAUUCAUUACUUAGAACCGUGCGUGUAUUGGAUAAGUUCCGGGAACGGGCCCGAUACUCGAUAGCUAACUGCCAUCAACCUCUUCCUCGCUUCAAUUAAAUCGCCAUUCUACUUCGCCUCCUCAAUAGGGUACCAGCUAUUCAACUGUCGGCCCCAUUCGAAGAGGUCAUGACUCAACGUUCUUCUGUUGCAUGCAGCAGAUGCCGCAGACGUAAAACAAAAUGUACAGGAAAUCCUCCCCAGUCGUGUAAUGCUUGUAUCGCGGUGCAUCGCGAGUGCACCUAUCUCGAGGCUCCAAAGAAAGUCCUCGUUUCUGAAAGCUAUUUAUUGCGACUUCGGGCUCAAGCACGUUCCAACGAGCACUCAGAGGCUAGUAGGAAUAAUUUGUCAAAUCAUGUGGCUACUGCUGGCAGCGAUAUGCAGGAGAAUCUGCAAGGCAACGACGAAUGGUGGUAUGAUGGCUCCAAGAAUAUACUCAUGAAUGCGGAAGGAGAACAACACUCCAUUGGCGCGUCUUCUUCAACACAUCUUGUCAUGAGAAUGAAUCCCUCGACACUUCCAAUUGCUUAUGCAGCUCCACCUCUCUAUGAUGUCUCUUGUUUAAGUCGUUCGUCCGACCAUUCAAUACCGGACUUACCCCCAAUUGAGUUAUGCAAACAGCUUUUUCAGGCACAGCAUGUCUUCAUUGGAUCAAUAUUUUCAUCAUUGCAUCCAGAUGAUUUUUACCAGCGGCUCGAUUAUGUCCAUUCGAAAGAGCUGGAUCUAACGCGCGUAGAAACGCGUUUGACGAUUUGCCAAGUUCUCGUCGUUCUAUCUCUUGGUCAGCUAUAUUCCAUCAAUCAGUGGACAAAUAAUCAAGGACCCCCCGGGUUCUCAUAUUUUCAGUCAGCUCUCGAUGUCCUCCCAGCUAUUCAUGAAAGACCGUCGCUACAGUUCAUUGAGGUUUUGGCUUAUGUCGCCUACUACAUGCAGAAUCUGAACCGGCCGGAUGCAGCUUUUAUUUACAUUGGAGUUGCGUUACGCAUGGCUCUGUCGCUUGGUCUUCAUCAGGAAGUUGCAGAAUCUGGGAUAGAUUCUUCUCUACAGAAACGGCGAACAGAGGUUUGGUGGUCCUUGUACUCUUUGGACAGAAUACUCUCAAUAAAAUCCGGACAUGCGAUUACAAUUCGCGACGAGGACAUUACGCUACCGUUCCCAACGUUCACGGACAGUCCUUGUAUCUCUUCGAGGGAUAUCAUUCUGGUCAAGUAUACUGAACUCGCAAGAUUGCUAGGAAAAAUUGGGGAAGAGAUCUACAAAAGGCGAUCACAUUCUGCCCCGAAACUAAUCUCUUCUAUUCGAGACAUCAUCAACUCCCUGUCCGAUUGGUUGCAAUUCAUGCCUGAGAUUGUGCGAUCCGAUUUAUCGCAACCUGACAAGAAACCAGACCGCGCAAUCGUUAACAUCUACCUAUUGUUAUACUCCUGCAUUGCUCUAACAACUAGACCUCUUCUUUACUACAUAAUUAGAAAAUUCUUAGAUUCAGAGGUUGCAGGAGUGAGUAUUAGAGAUUGGAAAGUAGGGCUUUCUGAAAAUGUCGUUUUCUUGGUACAAUACGCCGUUGAAGCAGCGAUACAAGCGACUGCUCUUAUGGGAAGGGCUCAGAAGUUCGAUAUGAUAGCUACUUACGGCUAUCUAGAGGGCGAAUACGCUUUCUCGGCAACCUUACUUCUUAUCAUGGCGAACGCGGCAUUAUCCUCAUCCGGCCAAACAGAGACUUCAAUAGGAGAGGGCCUAGGAAUACUGAAAGGCAUGGCAGAUAGGGGUAAUCACCUUAUCAGAGCGCGUCACCAGCAACUUCUGAGCCUUCAGGCUUCCUUACAACCAAGGGAUAAUGCAAAUGGUUCAAAUGAUACGGGGAUUGGAUGUGGGGAUGGCUCAUCGACGUAUAUGCCAAACGAUGCUCCAAGCCUGAUUUUACCCCAAUCGUUUCAUUUCAGUAUCGAUGACGACCCACAGUUAUGGGUUGACAUUGCAAACCAUUGCGAUGUUGACUUGAGCUUAGAUUCGAUCGGCGGUUCAUUCGGUAGACAGUAAUUGUUAGAUAGAAAAGCGAAUGAGCACUGCAGGUCUACUGGAUUCG